UUGUUUGCCCACCUAACUCUCUCCAUAAAUCUUUCAUCAUCAAUCUAAAAUCCAACAAAGAUUUUUCCUCUCCAAAUCUAAAUAGAAUCUUUGUCAACCUUAUGCAUGGAAGGCGAAAAUUUCCCUUAUCUUUUCGAGCCUUCUUUUCCUUUGGCCUCGUUGAAUUCGCCAUCCCUUUUAGACCAACCCAUGAACAACUUGCAGUAUGCCUCAGAUUUUGAUUUGUCCAACAUGCUGUCUAGUUCCAUGGUUAAUGGGGGCCAAAACCCGGUUUUUCCAAGUUUAUCGACUACGUCCAGGAACACAAAUGAAGGGGAGAAUGUAAACAAAAAUAAAGCGAAAUCUGGAAGAAAGAAGAAACAUAUUCCUCCAAGAGUUGCUUUUCAUACCAGAAGUUCAGAGGACAUUCUUGAUGAUGGAUAUAAAUGGCGAAAAUACGGGCAGAAAGCUGUGAAGAAUAGUUCUCAUCCCAGGAGCUACUAUCGUUGCACGCACCAUACGUGCAAUGUCAAGAAACAGAUUCAGAGACUGGCGAAAGAUACUGGCAUUGUUGUGACAACAUAUGAAGGCAUUCACAAUCAUCCUUGCGAGAAACUAAUGGAGACCUUGAUUCCACUGGUGAAGCAACUUCAAUUUCUCUCAAAAUUUUCGAACCUGCCAAGUUGUUAAGUUGAAGCACAAAUUGAUCUUUACAUGCAAAACUAUAGAAGAUCUCGUUUAAGAUAGAAUAAAAAUUCUAUCGAAAUUAGUAGCAUGAUUUUACAUGAACUUGAAUCUAACAAAUAUGUCAAUGCUGUAUAGAAGUGUAAAGUAAAAGGUCAGGGAUGUUAUGUUUGUAUUAUAUGAACAAGAAAUAUUAAGGGUCCAUUUGGUUUGUUUUUUAAUUUUCUA